ACUUAGACAUUCUUAUCAGUUAUCAAAAAACUGACAACUGUUAUAAUGUUUAAUUCUUAUCCUUGCAUUUUGCAUUCUAUAGUUUGCAUAUUUUCCCAGCCCUAUUAAUUGUGUAUCUUUGGUAAUCACAGUAUUCAGCAUAUUAAUUAUAAGAAUAGACUAGAUACAUUAGAUACACUGCUUGUUAAUAAGGGAUUCGACAAUAUUGUGAAACAAUUGCUACCUACCUAAUUGAACACAUCAUUGGCUGAUAAUUGUUUCACUUAUCUUUGUUAAUUGUGAAGAAAAUCAUUUAACAUUGUUACAGUUGUCAGAUGUUAAUCAAACGUUUAUAUUCAGUUUUUAAAAAUACGUUUUCCGAUAUGGAUAAUCUUAUUGCUGUUUGUCAAAUAACAUCGACUGCCAAUAAAGAAAAAAACUACCAAAUGUGCAAGGCACUAAUUACUAAUGCCCAUAAAUGUGGAGCAAAAAUGGUUUUUAUACCAGAAUCAUUUGAUUACAUUGAGGAAGAUAAAGCUAAGGCAUUAGAGAUGGCAGAGUCUUUAGACGGAUCUCUUAUCAAUAGUUAUAAAUCAUUAGCUAAGUCAUUGAAUAUUUGGCUGUCUUUAGGCGGAUUUCAUGAAAAGUUUUCAGACACUAAAUUAAGGAACACACAUUUGGUCAUCAACAAUGAAGGUGAAAUAGCUGAAACUUAUCAUAAAAUACAUUUAUAUGAUGUUCAAAUACCUUCAAAAAACAUUCAAGCAUUUGAAUCAAGUUUAGUUGAAGCUGGUACUGAAAUCUCACCACCAGUUAAAACUCCAAUUGGAAAUGUUGGUUUAGCAAUUUGUUAUGAUAUGCGAUUUUCUCAAAUGGCUAUAGCGUUAGCCGAGAAUGGAGCAGAUAUUUUAACAUAUCCAUCAGCAUUUUUCUUCGGUACAGGUGCUUAUCAUUGGGAAAUAUUAUUGCGAGCCAGAGCUGUUGAAACCCAAUCUUAUGUAAUUGCUGCUGCACAAACUGGCAGUCAUAGUUCAACUAGAAAAUCUUGGGGGCACUCACUGGUGGUUGAUCCAUUAGGAACAAUAAUAGCUCAGUGUUCUGAAGAACCAGGUUUUGUUUUGGCACCAAUUGAUUUAUCAUUAAUCAAAACUAUUCGCCAGGAAAUGCCUCUAGAAUGUCAUAGACGUUAUGAUAUUUAUCCAAAAAUGAUUUCAAGUACCUUAUGUAAAAAAAAAUCAAUUGAAGAUUUUUAUGAAUUUAAAUUUGGCUCAUCAAUAGUUAAAGGUUUACAAGUAUUUUACAAAACACAAUUAUGCUUAGCAUUUACCAACAUUAAAUGUGUUUUACCAGGUCAUGUUUUAGUGGCUCCUCUUAGAGCCGUAGAAAAAUUAACUGACUUAUCUAAAGAUGAAGUUGGGGAUCUAUUCCUUGCAGUUCAAAAAGUUCAAAAAAUUAUUGAAGAAGUGCACAACACUAAUUCAUCAUCUAUUGUUAUUCAAGAUGGACAACAUGCUGGACAAACCAUUAAGCAUGUUCAUGUUCAUAUUAUUCCAAGAAAGUGUGGAGAUUUUUUGGUCAAUGAUGAUAUAUACAGAAAAUUACAAAACGAAAAAGACUGUAAAAAUCCAAAGAGAAGCGAUGAUGAAAUGGGAUAUGAAGCUUUAUUUUUAAGAUCAUUUUUCUAAAUUACUUGGUUUUAAAAAUUAUUGUCAUUAGUUGUUUAAAUUAUAUUAUUACUCUUUACCAACAUUUAUAUUAUAAAUAUAAACUUAUUUAACUGUAAAUUAUAA